GAGUGAGUCGCAACCAACACAUUUCAGAAGAAGAAAUUCGGGGUUCUUGUCGAUUUCUACAAAUUGGACAAGGAGCACUCCUUGACGCACGCUUGGGUUGGCGAUGGAUGCGUUUGACGGUGGAGCCGGUGAAGACACGGGUGAAGCCGAGACUAUUAGUGCGCAGAGCCUGUAUGCCACGCUCGGCCUGUCAUCCGAAGAUGUGGAUGCACUCGCGCAGAUUCCCGAAAGCGAAAUCAGUGUGGAGACCCUCCCUUAUCUAAUCAUGCAGCUCAAAGCCAAGAGAGCCCUUAAAGAGUCAGCUACCGCAGACACCGACUACAGAGACAAGUCCAGGCUUUCACAGGACAAGCGGAGUACACCCGAGAGAUGCACCAGCGACAGACGCAGAAGCCCCGAGUCUUCCAGCUCAGCGCGGCGCUCCGGGAGCCACGAGCAUCACGGGAAAGGGGAGGGGCACAGGAAGUUUGAGAGGUACACGGGAGGAAGAAGAGACCCGGCUCACAGGAAGUCAUCCCGAGAAAGACAAAGUGGGGAUCAUGUGGCUGUGGAGAUGGAGUCAAGCGACAACCCGACCGUUUUCCCACACAAAUGCCCUCUUUGCAAGUGUAUGCUGAAUUCCAUAAAGACAUGGAGAGACCAUCUUUCAGGUGUCCGACACAAAUUACAUGAAUCCGAACGAAGCUCUCGCUCAUUUCAACCCCCUAAAAGAGCCUACAGCUCUGAACCCGCCAUAGUUGCUCGUGAUUUGGAUGAUGCAGAAUUUCCAGAAAACAUAGAAGAUUUCGUUACAUUAGAUGAGCUGGACAACAAUGCAGGAGACUCCACUGUGCCAAAGGAUAGUAAAGUAGUGGUGGUGUGGCCUGUAAAGAAGACCCCGGACUUGAUGAAGGAUCUUUACAGUCUGUCUGCACCCUUUGGCAGCAUGGUCAAGCAUUUAUCCACGUUCAAACAGGAGGCUAUGAUUGAGCUGGAAACGGCUGAAAAAGCCCAAGAAAUGGUGCAGUUCUACAGCGAUCACAAGGCAACGAUAUGCGGCAGGCCGGUGUCUGUUUCCAUGUGCCUCACCAUGAAAACAAUAGAGAGCCCUAGCGGGAGGUCCGUUUUCAUCAGCUCUCUUCCCAACCAGAGGUACCUGCGACAGAAAUACACUCACAAAUCCCUCUUCAAGCUGACUAAGCCUUUUGGGAGACUGACUGGCUAUUCUCUGCACAGGUAUCAAGGAACGUGUUACAUGCAACUGGAAAGUACGAAGGCAGCUGAAAAAAUGGUUGCGCAGUACAAUCGGCGGCCUUGCAGAUUUUGGGGGUCGGUGCUGAAGAUAGUCAUGUGCAAGAAAGGGGACUCUCUGAUUCGCUGGAGAUACCCUGAAAAGACAGAAGAGAGAGAGUUAAAAAAGGACACAAAAGAAAUUAAACCAAGCACUGAAAGGACAGAAAAUGACCAGAACCAGCAGAGUUCUUGUGUCGGUGUCGGCGGGGCUCCGGUUUGUGAAAGUAAAGGUUCAGAAGAUGAUAGUCAGCUGGAGAAAACCCCUCUGAGCCCUUAUCAGCCAGACCAGAUUGUGGGUGUGAACUACGUCAUCCCAGUAACUGGUUUCUUCUGCAAGCUAUGUAACAUGUUCUACACUGACGAGAAAAGAGCAAAAUCAGAGCACUGCCGCAGCCUUGAACACUACAACAACCUCAAGCUUAAACAUGCUGAAGUGGUGGAAGAGGCAGAUGGACACCCAGAUGGCUGAGUCAAAGAACACAAAGAAGACAAAGACAUUGUACUUUGCAUUGUUUUGUUUUGUUUUUAUUUGUUUUCAUUCCACUUAGUUUCAAUAUUCUUACUGUUCAGAUGUUUUGUUUUUCAGAGCGCUAUAUGAGUGAGUGAGUGUGUGAGAGACAGAUGUGCAUGGACAAAAUUGUGAAGCCAUUGUGAUGGUUUGGAUGUUUAACAGUAAACAGAAUGAACAUGUAUAUCAGCUGAAGGAGAGCGUUACGCUAAGCUCUUGAAAUAAACUCAAGUUUGUUUACUGUCACCUA